AUGUCUCCGAUUAAAUCUUCCAAACCGUUCAUCCGCCCCUGCGAAGGCUCGAACUGGGAUUCAGCGGCGUACGUCUCCGACACCAAGCUCCACGCCCGUGUCGCCGCCCACCUCGCCGAAAAUGACCUAGCAUCCGCCAUCGCAACCGCCUUCUCCCUACCCACGCGCGACAGCUACACAUACCACGCCAACAUGAGCGUCUCCCUCGCACAAGUCCAAUAUGUCAUCUCUCUAGGCAACGCAAAUGGCCUGCACGUCUGGUACUACUCUCCGAAACCCCCUUCCGCCAAUGAAAAGCCCGAAUCGGACAUCGAAACCUACAUCUCCAUCUUCGCGCCCCAAACUCUAACCCCCAACAUUCUCAAAACCUUCUCCUCGAACGCAAGAAAGGGUUCCCUCCGCCAAUCCAUCGCAUCCUACCUCAUCACAAAAAGAUAUCUGCACCCCUUCCUCCCCGCACUGCAGAUCCCGCGGUCCAAAAAAUCCGCGCCGCCCAAUCCCUAUCUCGACUUCAUCUCCUGGGCCUGUGUGAACCUGGAAUGGGCAGGCCCUUGCCCGGCUUCCGAAGCCCUCAAAGGCUCGCACCAUGUUUUACCUGUGUUUAUGCAUCACUUUGGGUGCGUAUGCCCCUCGCACGAGGCGCUGUCCAUACUAAAAGUCCUCGCCGCGGGUAGAGAGAUCUGGGAUAUGGGCAGCGGAAACGGGUACUGGGCGUUCAUGCUACGGGCGUACGGGCUGGUCGUGAAGCCGGUAGACAAUGCGCAGAGCAGUUGGCGGGUAAGUUGGGUGUCCGAUACGGAAAUUGCAGAUGGCGAGGCGUAUAUACGCAGCCAUGAUAGUGGUAGGGACGCCGUUCUCCUGCUUGUGUACCCCAUUGUCGGGGGUGGCAUCGCUGGUGGGCAGGAGGGCGGCUUUACAAGGGGGUUGCUUAGGGAAUACAAAGGAGAUACCGUCGCUGUCGUAGGUACCCAGAAUCAUAACGGGUACACAGGGUUCAAGAAUAUGAGUAUAGAUGAGUACAUGGAGCGUGAGCAGCCGGGGUGGACGAAAGUUGUCCAGGUGCCUUUGCCCAGUUUUCCGGGGAAGGACGAAGCUUUGUUCGUUUUCCAGAGUGGCGAGAGGGCACCGCCCAAGACUAUAGGUCAGGGCCAGGACAGUUAA